GGACAAACAGAACAUUCCAGUGUAACUUUGAAGGAAGACACUGAAACCAUGGAGACAAGUCCACAUGACUCAACCACCAAGGAUGGUGCAGAUGCUGAGGAAGAGGAUGCUCAUACAGUUAAACCAUUGCCUUCUUUGGAAGAAGACACAGAAGACCACACAUCUGAGCCACAGUCUUAUGAUCUGGGUUUUAAAAAGGUUUUUAAAUUUGUUGGCUUCAGAUUCACGGUGAAGAAGGAAAAGACGGGAAAAUCAGAGCCAGUGCAGCUGCUUACUGUAAAAAAGGAAACACAAGCCUCUGAAGGAGGUGAUGAUCAAAAAGAAGUCAGCUCAGAAGAAAUAGUGAAGCCUGAGGAUGCAUUCUCUGCAGAAGACAACACUAAAGACACACAGAAAAAUGACAAAACAGAAGGUGAAACUCCUAAACCACCAGAAACAAAUGAGAUUUGUUCUCAGUCAGCUGCUGUAGCCACUGACAACGCAUCGUCAUUCAGAAAAUUUUUUACUCAGGGAUGGACUGGAUUUAGAAAAAAGAAGAGUUUUAGGAAGCCUAAAGAUGAUGAACUACAGUCUCCUACAAAAGAGGAGGAGCAGGAAAAAGAAGGGACAACUAUAACAACUGAAACUGAUGAAAAGGUGGAACAAUCCAAGUUGGAAAAGCAAGAUGAAGAGAGGAAUGUGACGGCAGUAGCUAUCGAAGUACCUGAGAAGGAUGAAAGUGAAGGUGAAAAGCAAGAGACAAAAAAGCCUGUGGCAGCCACAGGCAUUGAAGCAAAUGAGAAGGAAGAGCUAAUGAAACUUGAUGAGCAGGCACCAAAAGAGGAUGCAGCAGCAGUUGUUAAAGAAAAUGUGGAGAAAAAAGCUGAGGAAAAUGAGCAAGAAAUUAAACCAGUGGAAGUCUCAGGAGAUCUUGGUGAGAAGGAAGAAAAAACUAAAAAAGGAGAGAAAGAAAGUGAUGUGACGGAGAAACUGCUGAAAAUGUCAGUGGUACCUGUUGACACUGACAGUGAGAAUAGAGAAUUGAAAACAUCCUCUGAAGUCCCACCUGUGAAAGAGAAGCUGGAGUCAAUGGCGAAGUGUAAACUAGAUGACAGAACUGAAAUACCCUCUGAAGAGAAACUUGAGGGAGAAACUUUGGCAACUGAAAUGUCAAGUGAACAGCUUAAAAAAUCUGAAGAAAGAGAAGGACAUCAACCUAUUCCACUGGGGAAAGAAGCAUUGCAUGAAAAAGCAGAGGAAGCAGACCUGAAAGUGUCACCCACAACAGAAGACAUCACGCAAGGAGAAGCUCCAGAUAGAACCCCAGAGCAGAAGGAAAGCGGAGAACCUGAGACAAAACUGAUUCCAGGUGCUCCUGGACUGAAGUCCUUCUCUACUUCUGAACAUUCAGCUGACACAGAGGAUGAUCCAUGUUCAAUCAAACCUGCUGAUGAAGGACUACAGAGCAAAACAGAUCUAUUUAUGACUGAUACUACCAAACUAGAUGAAAUAACCACAGAAAUAAGUCCUGAAGAGGCAGCUGGAAAGAGGCCUCCCGAAGGUAUCACAAAUGAAGCUGAACUGUUGUCUUCUCAAGAAAAGACUAAACUGCAAGGCAGCCCUUUAAAGAAACUCUUUACAGGUACUGGAUUAAAGAAACUCUCUGGAAAGAAACAUAAAUGUAAAAGAGAAGAAUCUAAGUCAGGGGAACAGGGUGAAACAAUUCAGCACUUAUCAGAUUCCCCAGAUAGCCCAGAGGAACAAAAAGGGGAGAGUUCUGCUUCUUCUCCUGAGGAGAUGAAUGAAAUUCCUGCUUUGGAAAAAGCUGUAGAGGGAAUGCAGGUCACUGAAAAUGAAGAUUCUGCCAUUUCAGACGUGGAGAGGAAAAGAGAAAGUGUUACACCCUGGGCAUCAUUUAAAAAGAUGGUAACUCCCAAGAAACGUGUUAGAAGACCUUCUGAAAGUGAUAAAGAAGAAGAAAUUGAUAAGACCAAGAGUGUUGCAGUAUGUGCAAUUGAAAAUGCUGCUGCUGAAAGUCAGGGAGAAGUAAAAGAAAAUGGGAUGGACCAGAAACCAGAGAAAACCACAGAUGAGCCAAAGAGAAAGGUUGACACCUCGGUGUCCUGGGAAGCUUUUAUAUGUGUAGGUUCUUCAAAGAAAAGAGCUAGGAAAUCAUCAUCCUCUGAUGAAGAAACUGAAAAUAAGCUUGGUCAAGUAAGCCAAAAACUAGAAGAAUCUGGACAGAGCAAAGAAAUGGCAACGGAUGCAAUUCUUAGUAGUUCUCAGGAGAGUGAUCAAGGACAAGGGAAUUCUUCACCAGAACAAACUGGGAGCCCAUCUGAAGGUGAAGGUAUUUCAACAUGGGAAUCCUUUAAAAGGUUAGUCACUCCAAGAAGGAGAUCUAAAACCAGAAUGGAAGAGAAAACUGAGGACGCUGUCGUGGGCUCUAGCGUGGAGCAUUCGACAUCGGAUGGCGAGGCUGGAAAAGAUGAAUCGUGGGUUUCAUUUAGAAAACUGAUGCCUGGGCGUAGGAAGAAAAAGUCAGAUGGAAAGCCAGAACCAACUCAUCUUAAACAAGCAAGAGAAGACAUGGCAGAAACAACGGAAGAAGAUUCAGAUAUUCCAGCCGUUGUUCCUUUAUCUGAAUAUGAAGCAGCAGAGCAGGAGAAAACCGAAGCCCAACAAGCAAAAGAUGCUGAAGCCAUGAGAGACCGAACCUCAGAGGAAGAGAAAGAAAAAUUAGAGGAGACUCUAAGAAUUGAGCAAGCACAGGAAGGGCUGGUACAUGCUGUUACUGUCACCGUUGUAGAAGGGGAAAGGGCAGUUACCAGUAUUGAAGAGAGGUCACCAUCUUGGAUAUCUGCUGCUCUGACAGAGUGCAUUGAGCAGGCAAAAGAAGAGGAAGAGAAAGAAACUGAGAAAACAUUUGAUUCUGACGUUACUGUGGAAGAAGCAGUGGUAGCUGCUACGACAGUUCCAGAGACCAGACAGGAAGUAAGUGAUGACACCACGGCAAGUGAGCUAGAGCUAACCUCAGAAGCAGUGACAGCUCUGGAGGAGACAGCAGAAGCUUCCUGCACUGAAGAAGCAAUGGAAGUGUCCCUUGCUGAGGAGACAACUGAGAUGGUUUCUGCAGUUUCACAGUUGUUAGAAACCCCAGAUACUACAGAGGAAGUUACACCUGUACAAGAAGUAGAGGCCACUGAACAAAAUUUGAAAGAAUUAGACAAACAGACGCAGAAAGUUCUUCAUGAAGUAGUUGAACGAGUCAAGUCAGCAGAUGUAGCACAGCUGGUUAGUGAAAGAACUGGGACAGCAACUAUAGUUACAGCAGUACAAGGAAUUGAGUCAGAAGUGAAGGAAGUUGUUACAGAAGGGAAUGUUGUAGGCCAGGACACCAUUUUGCUUGAACAGUCCUUUGAAAACAGAGAACAAAAGGAGGAUGGCCUCCAGCUCCAGGAAAGUGCAGAGAGCAUUCAGGGCCAAACGGGAGUUGAAGAGAGCAUUUUACAGGAAUGUUCAGAGAGAAAUGAAAUACAUUCUGCAAGGAAACAAAGCACAGAAGGAUGUGAAAAUGUAGAUGUAAUGCAAGAAGAAAGCCAGUGGCAGGCAUAUGAAGAAGCAGUUCUAGAAGACCGUGAAGAAAUAUCUGAGGUGCAGAGGACAGUAGAAGAAUCUCUGUCACAGGACAGAGAGUUUCACAGCAUCAAAGCAGUCACUCCCAAGGGAGAGCCAUUUGCAAAGCAGGAGCAUUCAGAAAAAGAGAAAUUGCCGGUGACAGAUUUGACGGUAGAAGAGACAAGAGAGGAAUGUCUUCCAGCAGGACAGAUUGCA